UUUCCAUGCAUUCGAGAAACAGAUAAUGAACCGUAACUCACAGGAAAUAUAUAAAAGAACGUUCGUCUGGAGGCAUCAGAAAAUUAUAUUAAUACUAUGCACGUCGUCAAACUGCUUCUCAUCAUUUGCUGCCUCUGGACAAAUGUCCUGGCUGGCCGACGUUGUACAACAAUUAUGCAAGCUGGCUCGGAACCAUAUGAAUUUAAGAUAGUUGAUGGCAACCCCAUAUUGGAAGGAUUGGAUAAGACCACGACAAGUUGGUAUAAAACCAUCAAUUGGAAACAAGCAAUCGACAACAAUCUGAAGCUGACAUACAAAAGAGAUGAAUUACGAGACAAUAGCUGGUGGCAUUCGAAGAGUCAGGGUACAGCGGAUCUGUGCAAUUUCCUAAUAUCAGGGGAAGCGGGCUCUUGGGCUCACAUGGUACGCGAAGCACUAGGAUUAGCGGAAGGAUGUGGAGUCGAAGGAGAGGUAAAGGUCAACGGAGGUUACUUCUCUGGUGGAUUUUGCAGAGAUGUCAAUUUGGACACCAAGGAUGGCUGGAACUCAAAACAAAGACUCCUCCUCGACGUCGAGGACGACAGUGGAACUAAAUUACUAACAGGAGUAGUCGAUUUGAUAUGAAAGUCCAAUGUUUGUCAUUUAAUUUUCCAGCUCUGCACUGGUAGAAUGGGAAAACGAUUUAUUUAUAUCAACCGAGGUUUCUUAACUGUUAAUACCCCUAUUCGUUAGUUAUUAACGCAUCCAGGUAGUAGUUAACAGGCCACGUUUGGUACAACUCAAUCGUUUAGCCAAUUUUCAUGUCCCGGUUGAAUUAUCGCAUACGUUUGUUUAUAUUAUAAUCAGUUUAGUCGAAUAAAAUUUAGCUCGCUAA